GGGAAAAUACCAAUCAAUUAUUAUCACAUACGCAUACUGCAAUACCUCAUGGCCAAUUAUAAUUCCAUCUCAACCUCCACAAGAACAACGGAUCUCUGGGUUGGUUCGUUUAUGCGGUGGAGAAAUCUCUAGACUGCCAAGAGCCUCCUUAGUCUGUCGGGAACAGGAUCUGAUAUGGAAGGAUUGCUUUUUUUUAAUUUCUUCUAGACGAGUUGACCGGAAUUGUUUCAAUUCAGCUGGGUCUGAAAGUGGGUAAUACACCGAGAAAUGGCAGAGGAAGUUAACCUGUAAUUUUCUUCCUCGAAUUGCUGGUUUGCGGGCUUCGCUAGUCUCCGCAAUAGCAAUGACCGGGGGGGAGGGAUGAUCGAGUUCCGAGGUAGACAGAUUUUCCUUGAAAAAAAAAUCGUAAUGCUGGGUUCUGUAUUUAAUGAAUCGCUUGCUCCUCUGCCUGCUUGGCCGCGCUGUUCUGCAAGUGUCUGGUAUCACUCCCAUCCGCGAAAAUGGCGACUGUGCGACGACUCCAGCAAACCCUUUCCCAUAUUCAGACACCUCCAGCACCCCAACAACUCUCGAUAGUGUAUGGGGAAACAGAGCCAGAGCUCCUAGAUAUCACGCUUGGUGAGCUUUUGGCUCUCCAAAGCCUUCAAUGUGGUGACUAUGAGUGUCUAGUAUUCCCUUGGACAGGGGCGCGGUGGUCUUAUGCAGACCUGAAUGAUGAGGCCGAUCGAGUGGCCCGUGGCAUGCUGGCCAUGGGAAUUCAGAAGGGAGAUCGCAUUGGUAUUAUGGCUGGCAAUUGUGAACAGUAUAUCUCAAUUUUCUUCGCAGCUGCUCGUGCUGGAGCCAUCUUAGUAGUCUUGAACAACACGUAUACUCCUUCAGAGCUAUACUAUGCACUUGACCAUACAGACUGUCGAUUCUUGUUCCUGACUUCCCGGAUCGGCCGCCAUUCUCUAGAAGAAGUUCUAGAAAAACUUGGACCUCAGCCCAGACAGGACGGAACUUCAAAGGCAUUGGAGGAGAUCAUCGUCAUUCGCGGGCAGUAUAAAAACUUCAGCACAUAUAAGGAUGUCAUUGAACGGGGAUUGCUGCUUCCAAGCAAUGCUCUGCUGGAGCGAGAGGCCGACCUACAGCCGGAUGACGUUUGCAAUCUGCAAUUCACCAGCGGCUCGACUGGAAACCCCAAAGCUGCGAUGUUGACGCAUCAUAACCUCGUGAAUAACUCCCGCUUCAUUGGCGAUCGCAUGAACCUCACCUCAUUCGACAUCCUUUGCUGCCCCCCUCCGCUGUUUCACUGUUUUGGUCUGGUACUUGGUAUGCUCGCAGUUGUUACUCACGGAUCAAAAAUCGUCUUCCCCAGCGAAACAUUCGAUCCCCGGGCAGUUCUACAUGCUAUAUCCGACGAAAAAUGCACGGCCCUCCAUGGGGUUCCAACGAUGUUUGAAGCCAUUCUCAGCAUUCCCGCACCGGAAAAUUUCGACUGCAGCAACCUUCGCACCGGCAUUAUCGCGGGAGCUCCUGUGCCUCGACCAUUGAUGAAGCGGUUGUUCGCAGAGCUAAAUAUGACGCAAUAUACCAGCAGCUACGGUCUCACCGAGGCAUCGCCUACCUGCUUCAACGCGCUUACCACAGAUAGCAUUGAGACGCGCCUGAGGACUGUCGGAAAAGUGAUGCCACACGCGAAAGCGAAGAUUAUCGAUGCGGAAGGUCGCAUCGUUCCCGUUGGCCAACGUGGAGAGCUGUGCAUGGCCGGCUACCAACUGACAAAAGGCUACUGGAACAAUCCCGAGAAAACUGCCGAGAGUCUGAUCACCGAUAUGGACGGAACUACAUGGCUGAGGACAGGCGAUGAGGCCAUGUUUACUCCUGAAGGCUACUGCACGAUCACCGGUCGAUUCAAGGACAUUAUCAUCAGAGGCGGAGAAAACAUCUACCCCUUAGAAAUCGAGGAGCGCUUAUCCUCUCACCCUGCUAUCGAGGUCGCGUCCGUCAUCGGUAUUCCAGACCACAAGUACGGCGAGGUAGUGGGGGCCUUCAUCGCCGUAGCACCCGAACACCAGGGAAAGCGCCCAUCUGACGAAGCGCUUCGAGUGUGGACACGGGAGACACUGGGGCGCCACAAGGCGCCACAGUAUUUCUUCGUCUUUGGUGAAGAAGGAGUGGAUCGGACUAUUCCUGUGACUGGAAGCGGCAAAGUACGGAAGGUGGAUUUGCGCAACAUCGCGGCGAAGGUUUUGGAGCAGCGCACAAAAGAAAAAAAUUAG